AUGAAUAAUUAAAAUAAUUCGAGUUUCAAUGAUGCCAGUUUCUUAUCAGAAGAUAUGAGUUUUGAUGAGAAAUAAUUGUCAUUUCAUUCCAAUUUUGAUUCAGAUCUCACUUUUUCAUAGAAGAAGCAAAGAAUAGAGUAAAAUCUAGAGAGUUAAUUGGAGGAUGACCAAAAACAAUUACUAAUAGAACAACUCAAUCUUAUUCUAACUCCACAUAGAUGUCCAAAAAUAGCUUAAGUUGAUAAGGAUUUAGAAUAAUUAAAUGCUCAAAUUAAUAAUUUGAAGAUCUAUGAUUCAGCUACUUACUAAAAAUCAAUAUAAAAGAUCAAAUCAAUCAAGAAAGUCAUUUCAUAGGUUAUUGAUAAAUAUUUCAUAAAUCUAAUCUCACAAUAUUAAGUUAUUACAAACGAUUUGUUAUAAACAUCGUUGUAGCCACUUAAACAAUUAAUAUAUAGUCUUAGGAAUGAAUUACAUAAUUACGACGAAACUUAAGUUUAAGAGGUAUUAGAUAGAUAGAAUAACAUAAAUGAGGAAUUCCAUUUAAUAAAAAAUUACUUACCUAAAGAUAUCACUCUCUAAAUCAAUAAUAAAUCUUUGUAUGACAUUAAAGACUCAUUAUAAAAAAUGGUAUCCUUGAAAUUUAAAGGUAUUGUAUCUAUUUGUUAUCAAAGAUGAGUUUAAGAUAAUUCCCAAUUACUUUAGUGGAUUUAAACAAUAGAAAAAGAAUUUGGUAACUUUGAAGAGUAAAGCCAACAAAUUCAAGUUGUAGGAAAUGCAAAACACCAUACAUUCAUUUAGAAACAACAUACUCUAUUCCUCAAAUAUCGAUGAAAUAGAUAAAGUUAAAGAACAAAAAUUGAUACUUUCUUAAAACUAAUGUAAAUUGGAUUAUGUAACUAUUAUUAAUGCAAAUCAAUAUUUAUAUUUUAUCGGUUAGGUGUUCCUAAAUUCUGAGAACUCAUAGAAAAUAAUAAGUGAUUAAUUCAACAAAUAUGAUAAAAUGAAGAAUAAAGUAUUGAAAUUAUAAGAUUUGCCCUGUAAAUCCUAUGGGGGAUAAGCAAUCAAAUAUUAGAAGGCAAUAUACUACUGGGGUGGAUAUGUGUAAAUAGAGAAUCAGCAAUUAGGCAGCAAAAAGGGAUUUAUGUACACUGUGAUUUUAUGUAGAUAUUCGAUUGAGAAUGAUAAGUGGGAAUAGAUCGAAUCUAUGAAAUAUCCGAGAAUCUAAGGAUAGUGUUGUCUUUUAGAUCAGAAAAUCUAUUUAAUUGGGGGAAUGAUGAAUCAAUAUGUGGCCAAUGGAUUAAUUGAGAUCUAUGAUUCCAUACUUAUGAAAUUUGUAGAAACUAUCGAAUUGAUUAACUAAUUAGUAUUUGUCUGUCAUAUCAAUUAGUCCUAUGUUCCUCAAUUACUUGGAUAUGCUUUACCAAUUUCUAAUUAGGAAAUCUUAGUAAUUGGAGGACAGAAUCAAUUUGGAAAUGAAUGUGGUUCUCAGUUGAUCAACAUCUUCUUAAAAACUGUGCAAAAAAAUAGUUAUAAUAAUAUUUAAAAAAUAAUAAAUGUAAACUGCACCCAGCCAAUAGUAAAUGUUUUUAUAUACCAAAUUUAGAUCUUUAAGCAAUAGAUAUAUCUAUUUAAUUCAGAAGAGAAGAAGGUAGAGUUUAUCCAAAUAAAUGCUGAUACCUUACAAGUAAAGAGCAUUAUAUAGAUACAAUGA